UCGUCCGUUUUGAGAGCGAGUCCAAGCCCGGUUGACCUUCGACUAGUCGUCGGACCAGUCGGCGUCUUGACCUGUCUCACGGUAGCCGUCAGUGCCUUAGUUUCUGUGCAAGUGCGUGUGCGCGUUUGACCAUCGGCCGGACUGCCAGUGUCCAAGAAGAUGACCGACGUGAGCAACAUGGUUUACUACAACCCCGGAUUUUGCGGACGCCAGCCGCAGAACGUCUCACCGGGCUCGCCCGCUUCGCUGCCGUCCACGUCGCGUCACAGUCCCACUCACGUGAUGGAGAGCACUCACACUCAACAGCAGUGCACCUCGUGGUACGUGCCGCAUCAAUACCAGUACCCGUCGCCGCAACAUCAGCAGCAGCAGCAACAGCAGCAGCAGCAGUCGCCGUCGCAACAUUCCGAGCUGGCCCAGCAUCAACAGUUGCCGGCGCAGCAGCAGCACCAUCAUCACCAGCACAGCGCCGAGGCAGCCGGUGCGCCCGUGCAAGCCUUCUGGCAGACCGCCCACUACAUACAGUAUCGCCGACACCAACAGGCCGUCUAUCACCAGCAGCAGAUGCACCUUGCCAACAUGCAGCAGAAUCACUACAUGCAGGUUGCGAAUAACGGCCAUCAGCAGAUGCAGAUCGCCACGAAUAACGUGUACCAGCAUCAGCAGAUGCACUUCUCGACGAACAACAACGUGCAACAGCAGCAGCAGCAGCAGCAACACCAUCAUCAGAUGCUCGUGGCCGCCGCGAGUAACGUCGCGCAACAAUUGCCAGCAGUCGACUGGUCCAACGAAGACGUAUGUAGCAAUCACGCCGCUGCCAGCAGCGGCACGCAUAGCCCCCAUGCCAGCAUCAGCGACCACAGUAACGCCGGCACGCCGCCGGCAGUGUCGGCCGCCAACAAUCUCAGCGUCGCGUCGCAGAACAUCGUCGUCGACCAGAUGGCCGCUGGUCCAUCGGUGCCGCACGUCCGCUACCAAUUUGGAUGGAUGCGCAGGAACAGCUAUCAGCCCAACCCUGGCAAGACCCGCACUAAGGAGAAAUACAGGGUUGUCUAUACCGAAAAGCAGAGAAUCGAGCUAGAGAAGGAAUUUUAUUCGAGUAGAUACAUCACCAUCCGGCGCAAAUCUGAGCUAGCUCACGUCCUCAAGCUGUCCGAGCGUCAAGUUAAGAUCUGGUUUCAAAACCGGCGCGCCAAGGACCGCAAACAGAACAAGAAACGCGUGGAGAUGGACCAACGUAACUUGGAUUGUGUCCAGGGCCUACAGGAUGGACACAAUGGAAUGGUCCCGGGCCCUUCCACCCCCACUGUCCCUCCCAUUGGUGGCAUGUCCAAUCUGAGUAUUAAUAACAUGAAUAGCUUGAUGAAUAAUCUAAUGCCAGCGGCGCCGUCAUCGGCCGAAUUCAUGGCGCACCACCUGCACCAUCCGUUCAUCAGCGCGGCAGUGGCGGCGGUCCCGCACCAUCCGCACAUCAACCUGUAGAUCUCCAGCGUUACGCGCGUCGGUACAAUAAAUCUUCUUGCUUAUACUGCGUUUUGGUUGCUUAGUUUAAUGUUGUUACUCAAGUUGUGUCGAUGUGUUGUAUGUGAGUCGGUCGGGCGUGCUCUGCGCCGAGCAUCGGGCGUCGGGCGUCGGGACUUGUCGCCCGGCAUCCGAUGCUCGUUUACGCAGCAGGCCGCCCAAGACGUCGGACGUCGGACGCCGGACGAGGUUUAAAGUCCGGAGUUCGGCAUCGGCAGCGAUAGACGCGGGAGUUUUCGUAGACUUGCCGCUCUUUUUUAAGAUUCCAACGGUCGAUUCUAUUGUAAAUAUUAUUCUCUUAGCUUCGUAUACAUGUACUGCGCCUGUAUUUGUAUACAUCUGUACAUAUCUGUAUAUAUAUAUCAACGGCUCGUUGGUCAUCUUAUUAAGUCGCUCUCGUUGUCAUCGCUCCUCACAAAUGCAUGCGGUAGAAUAUUUCGAAUGUUAGGUUCGUUUCAUUAUUCGCGUGUGAAAAUGAAUUUUUCAUUGUAAAAAAGACAAAAUAAAAACAAAUAUUCAACAAAGAAAAAAUAUGUUCGUUUUCGUUUUGUUAUUUCGUGGGUUCAAAUCGUUUUCCUCGUUUUAUUUAUAGUAUUCACGAUAGAUACCGUUGAAUUGUAGAUUUUAAGUAACGACGCAUUCGCGUUCGAAAGUGACAAAAAACUUUGAAGCAGAAAAAGGCAAAAAGAAAAUGUUUUAGAAAUAAAGAAAUGAAUAAAGAUUGUUUUUAAUUGCAAAAAAGAUCGUUUAUUUAUCUUCUAAUUUAACUUCCGAGACAAUGCCGCAGCGACGGUCGUUGAUUAAGCAUGGAAAGUAGUCGUUUUCAAUGUUGGUCUUCAUUAUCAAGCAAUACGCGACGCGCAAGUUGUCAUUUUAUCGAUUGGACACAAGCGACAAAUUCUUUUGAUCGCUUCGAUGGCCAUCGGCCGCGUCGCACUGUAUGACGACAAAGUGCGUACAUGGUGUCAAAUCUGUGGCCUACUGACUAUAUAUUAUCAAUUAAAGAUACACAUGUAAGAUAGCUGUAUCUUUAGUUGAUAAUACAUAGAGAUGGAUAGCCCAGAUUUGACAAAAUGUACACACUUGGUCGAAUCGUCAAUUCUAUCGGCGAUGUACAGGAACGUAUUUGGUUCGCGGCUAGUUCUCCCCGGCUCGUCGUAAAUCACCGAGAUCGCUUAUCGUUGCCCAAAUGUCAAAAUCCAAAUACCGAUCGAUCUUUAUUGGUCUUUAGAUUCUUUUUUCUC